UAUGGAGGAAUAUAUUCAAGGGUUUGUUAGUACAUCCAUAAUAAAAACACUCUUAGCUCCAUUAGAAAGAUAUAAAUUAAUCAGACAGACUUAAGAUAUUCUUACUUUGAGUUCCAAAGAGAAGAUGACUAAUUUUUAUUAAUUUCUUAAGAAAACAAUUUCAAAUGAGGGACCAAAAGGAUUAUUUAGAUCAAAUUUAACAGCAAUUUACAUGUGGUUACCUUAAGUAUAUGCAUAAUAUGUUUUCUAUCAAAAUAUCAAAUAAGUCACUUAUGACAAAGAUGUAUAUAAAUAAAUUGAAUUUCAAGCUUUUAUCAAUGGGACUUAGUGCAACACUUUGUGGUAUUACUACUUCUAUAUUCUCAUAUCCUUUUGAUACAAUAAGAGUGAGAUAAGCAACUGAAAUUUAAAUUCCUGGAUAGAAAAGAAUGUAUGUAGGUUUUGAAGAGACUAGAUUUAAUAUUAAAAUAGAAAGUGGAUUUUUCAAGGGAUUAUAUUCAGGAUUUACAGUUGGAUGUGUAUAGACAUUGUUAUUUGCUUAUGGUAUAGUGGGAUUGAAUUAACUUUUAGAGGGAAUUACACCUUAUAAUUAAUAAUUAGCUUAUUUGGGAUCAUAUGCAUUAAUAUAUCCAAUUGAUAGUGUGAGACGUCGUUUAUAGGUGAAAUCAAUUUUGUUUUAGUAAGAAGCAUCAAAAAAAUAGAAUUUAUGGGAGAAAUUGAAAUUUAAUAUGAAAGAAUGGAAUUUCAGUUGGGGUUAUGGGGGAUUCUUAGCCCAUAAUCUGAGAGGAAUAGCAAUGUUAUUAAUAUUGGAAUAAGUAAACUUCGAAUAACUUUAUAAGGAAACUUAAAAUCAAUUGAAUCAAGCUUUAAAAUAUUGAGU